UAAAGCUACAGGCUGUAUUACUGGAAAGUGUCCAGUUAAAAAGUACGAUUAAGCAAUUUUUAAUGCAGUGGGCGCUUAAUUGAUAGUUUAAUGUAGCUUUGAAGUGGAGUGCAUUGUUUGAAAAUAUUUGUAUUUCUUUUGCCAAAUCUCAAGAAACAGAAGAGUUGCGGUCUCAAAUUAAUAUGUGACUCUGGUCUUGGGCGGCCAUGUUGUUCAGAGGGUUAGUGCAAGUUUAGUGAGGAGGGAGUAGGAACUGCUGGGGAGUUUAAGUCACUUGGCAUGUCUUUUGUCAUGUAGAUUUCAUUUUAUACCGUUUCCAUGUCUUAGGUCUUUUUAGUUUGAGCUUUACAUGUUUUAGUUAGUUUUGUUACGCUAUUUGCCAUUUAUAGUUCGCUUUGGUGUUCUGUUUUUUAUUAUUUAUUGCCAAAACAUUCAUAAACAGCGUUCGUUGCGGUUGCUUUGAAACAGUGAUGGGAGAGGCAGUGAUUUCUGGUUUGAAAUAAAAAAGGCUUUAUUUCUUGUCGAUAUUUACUCUUGAAAAAACAAAGAAAGACACGUAUGUAACCAAACAAAGAAGGAAGGGGUAUUUUGAAAAGACGUGACAAUGGGUUGCAUCAAGAGUAAAGAGGACAAGGGUCCAACUAUGAAAUACAGACCUGAAAACACUCCAGAUUGUAUAAGUGCACAUGUUGGACAUUAUGGACCAGAUCCCACACAAUUAAGUCAGUCACCAGCUUCUAAGGGACCAACUUCUAACUAUAACAGUCAUUCCAUGACGCCAUUUGGAGGAUCUUCUCUGAUGACACCUUUUGGUGGGGCAUCUUCAUCCUUUUCUGUGGUAACAAACCCUUUUCCAAGUGUUAUUACAGGUGGGGUUACAAUUUUUGUGGCCUUAUAUGAUUAUGAAGCAAGAACAUCAGAUGACCUCUCAUUCAAAAAGGGUGAAAGGUUCCAGAUCAUUAAUAAUACGGAGGGAGACUGGUGGGAAGCGAGAUCUAUCACUACGGGAAAGAAUGGAUACAUUCCUAGCAAUUAUGUUGCUCCUGCUGACUCCAUUCAGGCUGAAGAAUGGUACUUUGGUAAAAUGGGACGCAAAGAUGCAGAACGACUACUCCUGAAUCCAGGAAACCAACGAGGCACUUUCUUGGCUCGAGAGAGUGAAACUACUAAAGGCGCUUAUUCUCUCUCCAUACGAGACUGGGAUGAAAUGAAAGGAGACAAUGUGAAGCACUACAAAAUCCGAAAACUUGACAACGGUGGCUACUACAUCACAACAAGAGCACAGUUUGAAACGCUCCAAAAGCUGGUCAAACACUACACAGAACAUUCUGAUGGUUUGUGCUACAGACUGACAACAGUAUGUCCUACUGUGAAGCCACAAACACAAGGGCUGGCGAAGGAUGCCUGGGAAAUCCCUCGCGACUCCUUGAGGCUGGAGGUGAAACUUGGACAGGGGUGCUUUGGAGAAGUGUGGAUGGGAACGUGGAAUGGAACGACAAAGGUUGCAAUUAAAACACUAAAGCCUGGUACAAUGUCACCAGAGGCCUUCCUGCAAGAGGCUCAAAUAAUGAAGAAACUCAGACACGAUAAACUGGUACCUCUCUAUGCUGUUGUCUCUGAGGAGCCUAUAUACAUUGUUACAGAAUACAUGGCAAAAGGUAGUUUACUGGACUUUCUGAAGGAGGGUGAUGGGAAAUACCUGAAGCUUCCUCAACUGGUUGACAUGGCUGCCCAGAUUGCUGAUGGUAUGGCAUUUAUCGAGAGAAUGAACUACAUUCAUAGAGACUUGCGAGCUGCUAACAUUCUUGUAGGAGACAGUCUGGUGUGCAAGAUUGCAGAUUUUGGGCUGGCAAGGUUAAUUGAGGACAACGAGUAUACUGCAAGACAAGGAGCCAAGUUUCCUAUAAAAUGGACAGCGCCUGAAGCAGCUUUGUAUGGACGUUUUACAAUUAAAUCAGAUGGGUGGUCAUUUGGCAUCCUGCUGACAGAGCUGGUAACCAAGGGUAGAGUGCCAUACCCAGGUAUGGUGAACCGAGAAGUGCUAGAACAAGUGGAGCGUGGCUAUAGGAUGCCUUGUCCUCAGGGUUGUCCAGAGUCUCUCCACGAGUUGAUGAAGCUCUGUUGGAAGAAGGAUCCGGAUGAGAGACCAACCUUUGAAUAUGUUCAGUCUUUCCUGGAAGAUUAUUUUACAGCUACAGAACCACAGUACCAACCUGGGGAUAAUUUAUAAGCCUCGCAGACUGCACUACGGCCCGUAUGGUCUGCCAAAUUCACUAAAGGACCUUUUUAAGGUCUUCAAAAACUACAACACUUUCCGUGCUGUAAAAGGCAGACUGGAAUCCAAUUUACAGUUGCACAAACUACUUUCUGUUUUUUGUUUAUUUUGUUUUGUUUUUUUAUUUAAUUGAUUCCUAACACUAAUCCUUGAAAUGCCCCAUUUCAGGGUACUGAUUUUUUGUUUUUUUAUAGACAAAUAUGACUCAAAGUGAAUAGUACAUUCAUGUGAAAUAUAUUUUAAUCCUAUCAAUCUUGAUUUGAAUCAUGAAGCAAUCUUAUAUCAAAAAAAUCCUCAGUAUCACAUAACUUGUUAACCAUGUUAACAUGCAUGCUUCCUAUAGCAUGUUGAUCAAAAUAAAAAAAAAUCACACUAAUCCAUUUGUAAAUUGGCAACACAGAUUUAUAAUGCAGUGCUUUCAGUACUUUUAUCAGAUAAACUGGAAAAGUGAGAUAUAAUUUUUCUACAUAGUUCUUUGGUAGAAUGGAGAUGAAUAGAUUAAUUUUAUAAUGUUGAUUAAGUGUGAUUUUUAUAACAACUUAGAUUUCCAUCUUCUGAUGGUAAAUAAUCAUUUAAAUUCAAAAAUAUUCAGAAGGUUAUGUAAAGAUUUAAAUAAACAUGGAACUGACAAUUAAAUGUGAUAUGUUCUGUUAUUUGUCAGCUGUAGUACAAAUGCUCCCAAUGGACAUGUCAAUAUUGUUUACCAUUCAACCUUCAGAUACACAAAACCUAUUCCCAGCCAUUCUGUUGAGUAAAUGUGUUUUGGAACUGCAUUCUGAAAAAACAUUUAACAGUUUGUUUUUAAUAGCCAACGGAGCUAAAUCAAAGACUCCCUCAUUACAUGUUGGUUCAGAUGCAUUAAACAAUAACUAUAGCAUGUUGUUCUAAAGUGACAUUUAUUUUUGAAUUUUUGAUCAAGGUUUGUUUCCUUUCAUGUGUACGUUUUCAGUAAUUUCAGCAUUUCAUACUGUGAUUGUAAAGAUAUACUUAAACCAAUUACCUUCUUGAAAACGGAGCCUAACUGAAUACUGAAAUUAGAUCCAAGUGUUUACCUUUGUAUUAGUGCUGAAACCCUGAACCAAACAGAUCCUCAUAAAGAGUGCCAUCUUUUGUAUGUGUAUCCUUGUCCUCUUCCAUUAACCUGUGAUAGCAGAUUUUAAAAGGGCUUUUAUACAAAGUUGUGAAUGUGUGUGGGUUUUUUUUUUUAUUUU